AGAAACUUCAGCGUCGACGUCCACGGUAUUAUUGAUUGUAGUGUUGUGCGCGAACCUGCACCCAUUUUCGCGCAAGCGCGCCUUCGCUGGCGCCCCCGAGCCCCCUCCGACCGCACCACUCUGCGCGAGUGAUAGCCUACACCUGUCCAAGUAGUUCAGGAUGGCCAGUUUCGCCAGCGCGCGUCUGAAUUCGGCAAUCGUACGCGAGGUACGGCGGGAGAUCUGGUCCCCAUCGCGACGAACCCAUCGCAAGCAAGGGGGUCAAGGACGCAAGAAGCUCUCGUCAGGCUCUGCCGCAGCCCACGCAACGCACUCGCUCCCACCUCUCGCUUUUUCUCUACACCCAAACAAGCGAAAUGGCCGCCGUGUGCGUCUCCUCCAAGGCCGUGGCCGUCCGCCCGGCGACCCGCGUGGCUUCGCGCCCCGCUGCUCGCAUGGUGGUCCGCGCCAGCGCUAAGCCCGCUCAGAUCAGCGAGAAGGCCAUCGCCGCUGGCGUGAGCGCUGCCGCUGCCGCCUCGCUGGCCCUGGCUCCCAUUGCCGAGGCUGCCGUGACCCCCUCUCUGAAGAACUUCCUGGGCUCCCUGAUUGCUGGCGCGACCGUCCUGGGCGGCAUUGCCCUGGCCAUCACCGCCGUGUCGAAGUUCGACAAGACUAUCCGCUAAAUGUUCGGCUCGCUCGAUCAUCGUGGACGCGAGUGUUUAGUGCAGCUUUAGAUCGGAGGCACGGAGCGCUCUUGCAGCAGCGGUGGCGCUCUGUGGACGUCAGCAGCUGGAGUUCAGCAGCUGAUCUAGGAGGUGUUGGCGGAGGAGCGUACGCAAGCAUGCUUGCGGGCGAGGGCGGACCGCGCGAUGUCGCGCGGGCGUGAGGUCUGUCAUCGGAUUCGGGCGACGUGGUAUCUACUGAGGGGCCGGGUACUCGCGUUGAGGAUGUUUUUUGCGUGUGUAUCAUAUGGCCAUGCACAUUUUUUCCAUCGUGUCAUCGAGAAGACCAAACAAUUUGGCACGGUAAACGUGCUUGGCCGAUGUAACUGUUGUGGCCC